UGUUGUGGUCAUGAAUAUUUGGAUAUCAAUAUGGACUAUCUUCCUUUUCUCCUUGCUUUAUCCUUCAUAUGGGCAUGUAUCUAUAUCUCUACAUCCAACAUACGGCACCGGAAGUCUCUACCACCGGGUCCUCGCCCUUUACCGGUCAUCGGAAACAUAUUCAAUCUCGGAGAAAAGCCGCAUGAAGUACUUGCUAAACUCUCAAAAACCUAUGGACCUCUGAUGACUCUUAAGUUAGGCAACAUUACAACCAUAGUCAUAUCCUCUCCAAAUAUUGCUAAAGAAGCGUUACAGAAACAUGACCAAGCCUUAUCUAGCCGUAUGGUUCCAAAUUGCCUUUGUGCACAUAACCACAACAAGAAUUCAACAAUAUGGUUGCCAGCAAUAGAUCACUGGAGAAACCUUAGGAAGAUUAGUGCUACGCAAUUAUUCACUUCUCAAAGGCUCGAUGCUCGCCGCGAUCUUCGUCGAGAAAAGGUGCAAGAGCUUCUAAACUAUGUUGAUGAAAAUUGCAAAAUUAACCAAAUGAUUGAUGUCGGUCAAGCAGCUUUCACCACAGUGCUUAACUUGGUUUCAAACACUUUCUUGUCUAUUGAUUUGGCUGAUUAUAGUUCUGAGAGCUCUCAAGAGUUCAAUAAGCUUGUUAUAGAUAUCAUGGACCAAACUGGAAGUCCUAACAUUGCAGAUUAUUUUCCGAUACUGAGUUUAGUAGAUCCACAAGGUGUUCGAAGACGAAUGAAGAUUUAUUUGGAAAGGUUACUUCAGAAUUUUGAUGGGAUUAUCAAUAAGCGAAUGCAAUUAAGUGCUUCUUCUUCAUCCGGAACAGCUGAGGCUGAGGCUGAGGCUGAGGCUGAGGCUGAGGCAGAGGUAGAGGCAAACUAUGAUGUACUUGAUUCUCUUCUCAUGCUUGUCAAAGAAAGUAAUUCUGGAUUAAGACUUGAAGAUGUAAGGCAUAUGCUUUUGGAUUUUUUUGUUGCUGGCACGGACACAACAGCAAGGACAUUAGAAUGGGCAAUGGCAGAAUUACUGAAGAAUCCUGAAAAACUUUUAAAGUUAAAACAUGAGGUCAAACAAGUUGAAGGCGUAAUUGAAGAAAGUGACAUUAUCAAGUUCCCUUAUUUACAAGCAACAAUAAAAGAGACAUUUAGAUUGCAUCCACCAUUGCCAUUUCUAGUGCCUCGUAAAGCUGAAAGUGAGGUGGAGAUAAAUGGGUUCAAGGUGCCCAAAAAUGCACAAGUACUAGUCAAUGUAUGGGCUAUGGGAAGAGAUGAAAGCAUAUGGCCAAACCCAGAUAGGUUUGAGCCAGAGAGAUUUUUAGAUAACAAAAUUGAUGUGAAAGGGAGAGACUUUGAGUUAAUCCCAUUUGGAGCUGGACGGAGGAUUUGCCCUGGAUUGCCAUUGGGACACAGAAUGCUGCACCUAAUGUUGGCUUCUCUUGUCCAUUCAUUUGAUUGGAAAUUAGCACAU